CUCUCUCUCUCAAACACAGUCAAUACUCGUUAUAAACCUGAAUCUGUCCUUUGAAAAAAGAAUGUCUUCAAAGAACUCAGCCUCCCUUGCUCUUUUCUUUGCACUGAACAUCCUAUUUUUCACCUUAACCACUGCAACUGAUUGUGGCUGCAACCCAAGUCCUAAGCCGAAGCCGAGCCCAAGUCCUAUGCCUAAGCCCCCUAAGCAUGUCCCAAGUCCGAACCCUAUGCCUGUCCCACCUCCUAGCACCCCUGGCUCAUCUGAAAACUGUCCUAUAGAUGUCCUCAAGCUCGGUGUAUGUGCAAAUGUCCUAAGCGGCUUACUAAACAUACAGUUGGGUCAGCCAUCAACUCAAGAAUGCUGCUCGCUUGUCCAAGGUUUGGUUGACCUCGAGGCCGCAGUUUGUCUCUGCACUGCUCUUAGGGCUAACGUUCUUGGAAUCAACCUUAACGUUCCUAUAUCUCUCAGCGUUCUUCUCAACAAGUGUAACAAGAAGGUUCCAUCUGGUUUCGAAUGCACUUGAUUCAGUUUCCUCUUCAAAAUAUUUACUGUUUGAAUAAAUGCAUGCAAGCUAGAGAGUUUAAUGUUUAAAUGUUAUUUGUUUGUGAUAUAAUAAAUGUGUGAG